CGGACCGGGACCCGCACCCGGACUGAGAUCGAGGCCCAACAGAGCAAGGCCCGUGGCUAACCACCCCGCAGUUACUCGGCCUUGACCCGUCUGCCCUCUUCAACCGUUCCUGCCUUAAACCGCCAACGACCGCUCCCGCUACCACGCACGCUACGUCUCUGCAGCCCGCCAGUCCGCUACUGCUCAUACCGCCGUCACAACAUGUGCCGAACUCAAGCUGCGGCCGAAAUGGCAGGUGGGGUCAAUGUGCAGGGCCGAGAGCUCCUCCCCGCCAACGUCAUCCCGCGACACUACCAUGUGACGUUGGAACCCGACUUCAAGAAGCUGACCUUUGACGGCACUGUCGUGAUCGACCUUGAUGUGGCCGAGGACUCCAAGUCUAUCUCGCUGCACACUCUCGAACUCGAAAUCCACAACGCAAAGAUCACCUCAGGCGGCCAGACGGUCAGCUCGUCUCCUGCAGUGUCGUACAAUGAGGCUGCCCAGAUCACGAAGUUCGACUUCGACAAUGCUGUUGCCAAGGGUAGCAAGGCGCAGCUCGAAAUCAAGUUCACCGGCCAGCUCAACGACAAGAUGGCUGGCUUCUACCGGUCGACAUACAAGAACCCCGACGGUAGCCAAGGGAUCUUGGCCGUCACCCAGAUGGAGCCCACAGAUGCCCGCCGCGCAUUCCCUUGUUUCGACGAGCCCUCCCUGAAGGCCGAGUUCACCGUCACUCUGAUUGCCGACAAGCACCUGACCUGCCUCAGCAACAUGGAUGUCGCUUCUGAGACCGAGGUUCAGUCUGAGCAGACGGGUAGCACCAGGAAGGCCGUCACCUUCAACAAGUCCCCGCUCAUGUCGACAUAUCUGGUGGCCUUCGUGGUUGGCGAGCUCAACUACAUUGAAACUAGCGAAUUCCGCGUGCCCGUCCGCGUCUACGCACCGCCUGGCCAGGACAUUGAGCACGGCCGGUUCUCGCUGAACCUGGCUGCCAAGACGCUCGCCUUCUACGAGAAAGUCUUCGGCAUUGAGUUCCCUCUGCCGAAGAUGGAUCAGAUUGCCAUUCCCGAUUUCGCCCAAGGAGCCAUGGAGAACUGGGGCCUUGUCACAUACCGGGUGGUUGACUUGCUACUAGAUGAGAAGGCCAGCGGCGCAGCCACUAAAGAGCGGGUCGCCGAAGUCGUGCAGCACGAGCUGGCUCAUCAGUGGUUCGGCAACCUCGUCACCAUGGAUUGGUGGGACGGCCUCUGGCUCAACGAAGGAUUUGCCACUUGGGCUUCGUGGUACUCCUGCAACGUCUUCUACCCAGAGUGGAAGGUAUGGGAGUCGUAUGUCGUUGAUAACCUCCAGCGUGCGCUUGCCCUGGAUUCACUCCGGAGCAGUCACCCAAUCGAGGUCCCUGUGAAGCGGGCCGACGAGAUCAACCAGAUCUUCGACGCCAUCUCCUACUCCAAGGGCUCUUGCGUUUUGCGUAUGAUCUCGACCUACCUUGGUGAGGAGACCUUCCUCGAAGGCGUCAGGCGGUAUCUCAAGAAGCACGCCUACGGCAACACCCAAACCGAAGAUCUGUGGGCAUCUCUUGCUGAGGCUAGCGGCAAGAAUAUGGAAGAAGUUAUGAAAGUGUGGACCAAGCACGUUGGCUUCCCUGUGGUGACGGUGUCAGAGAAGGACGACAACACCAUCCAUCUGAAGCAAAACCGAUUCCUUAGGACUGGCGACACCAAGCCCGAGGAGGAUCAGGUUAUCUACCCUGUCUUCCUUGGCCUCCGCACCAAAGAUGGCGUCGAUGAGUCGCAGACGCUGGACAAGCGGGAGGCAAGCUUCAAGGUGCCGAGCACCGAUUUCUUCAAACUGAACGCGAACCACACGGGCCUGUAUCGUACUGCCUACUCGCCAGAGCGGCUCAAGAAGCUGGGCGAUGCUGCGAAGCAGGGGUUGCUCAGCGUCCAAGACAGAGCCGGCAUGAUUGCCGAUGCCGGUGCGCUAGCCACAUCUGGCUACCAGAGCACUUCGGGCGUCCUGAGCCUUCUCAAGGGCUUCAACACUGAGUCUGAGUUCGUCGUCUGGAAUGAGAUUAUUGCGCGCGUGUCUUCAGUGCAGAGCGCUUGGAUCUUUGAGGAUCAGGCGACUCGCGACGCCCUGGAUUCGUUCCUGCGUGAUCUCGUGAGUGCCAAGGCACACGAACUGGGCUGGGAGUUCUCGGAGAACGACGGGCAUAUCUUGCAGCAGUUCAAGGCCAUGAUGUUCAGCAGUGCCGGGCUCUGCGGCGACAAAACCAUCAUCGACGCGGCCAAGGGUAUGUUCAAGAAGUUUAUGGCGGGAGACAAAAGCGCGAUCCACCCCAACAUCAGGGGUAGCGUUUUCAGCAUGGCGCUGAAGUACGGGGGGAAGGAAGAGUAUGAUGCGGUUCUCAACUUUUACCGCACCUCUACCAACAGCGAUGAGCGGAACACGGCACUGCGCUGCCUGGGCCGCGCCAAGGACCCCGAGCUUAUCAAGCGAACGCUGGAUCUACUCUUCAGCGGCGAGGUUAAGGAUCAGGAUAUUUACAUGCCGACCAGCGGCCUGCGCAGCCACCCGGAGGGCAUCGAGGCCCUCUUCGCCUGGAUGACGGAGAACUGGGAGGAGCUCAUCAAGAAGCUCCCUCCCGCGCUCUCGAUGCUGGGCACUAUGGUCACGAUUUUCACGUCGAGCUUCACGAAGAAGGAGCAGCUCGCCAAGGUAGAGAGGUUCUUCGAUGGCAAGAGCACCAACGGAUUUGAUCAGUCCUUGGCGCAAAGCCUGGACUCGAUUCGGUCGAAGAUCUCGUGGGUUGAGCGUGACCGGGCGGAUGUGGCGGCUUGGCUGAAGGAGAACGGAUAUCGUUCGUAAACUGCAUCUGGAUAAGAGAAGUAAGAGAUGUCUGACCAGGCGGCCAGGCAUCUUUCCAUCUACGGAGUUGAGUGGCCAAAAAGCAUACCAUCUUUAGAUGAAUUUUAUAUGCAUGAGAUACAUGCGUACCGUAUCACACGGCAUGUCAAAGAUUGGGCUGUAGAGUAGCAGUACUGCUAGGUAGUAGUAGGGAUGAAUGACGAAGGAGUUAAAUGCUGA